GGAAUGAUUCAUGUUCUAAUUUGGAUAUUCAAGAGAAGAUUAUUCUCUUAAUUCUCGUGAGGUUGCAAGCAGUUUUACUGCUGAUCAAGCGUCAAAGAAUGAUCGUAAAAAUGAUGUCAAUGGUGAUGAAUCGCGCAUGAUUAAUAGAAAAAAUAUUCCAGACAACAACGGAAUAUUUGACCAAAAUGUAUCUAAUAGUAAAUUUACUGAUCAAUCAAACAAAACUAUUUUAGAAGAUGAGGGAACAUAUGGUUCUAUCUCUUCAAACGAUAAUACCAAUACACAGAAUAGACUCAAUAAUGCUCCUCUUAUUAAUUUAGAAAAUUCUGAAGAUGGCCAAAAGGAGCAAUCAGACGAAGAUUCCUCUGAAAAUCCAAAAGAAAAUAAAAACUUUUUCAAAAAUAUCCGAAAUAAAGUCAGCUCUGUUUUCGCAAAGGAUUCUGACAAUGAAGACAGUUCCAGUGAAAUGGGUGUUUCACUUGACGAUAGGAGAAAAAAUGUUUCUGAUCAUAGUGAAGAAGAGACAUCUGCAGACCAGCUGGAAGAUUUACACAAAAAUUCUUCAGAAAAUUCGGACGAAAACAGAACACCUUUCAAAAAUUUCCGAAAAAAAAUCCGUCCUGCUUCCACAAAGGACACUGACAAUGAUGUUAAUUUCAAUGAAACCGAUGCUACACUUGAUGACACGCAAAUGGGAAAUGCUUCUGAUCAUAGUAACGAGGAAAUGCCCACAGACCAGCAGGAAAAUUCGGACAUAGAUUCCCCUAGAAGUCCGAAAGAAAAGAGAAAUCCUUUCAAAAACUUUCGAAACAAAGUCCAAUCUGUUUUCACAAAAGAUUCUGACAAUGAAGAUAGUUCUAAUGAAAUGGAUGCUACGCCUGAUGCAAGAAAAGGUAACGUUUCUGAUCAAAGUGAUGAAGAAACACCCACAGACCAGCAAGAAGAUUCAGACAAAAAUUCCCCUAGAAGUCCGAAGGAAAGCAGAAAACUUUUCAAAAACUUCCGAAAGAAAAUCCGUCCUGUUUUCACAAAAGACUCUGAUAAUGAAGUUAGUUCCAAUGAAAUGAAUGAUACACCUGAUGUAAAGAAAGGUGACGUUUCUGGUGAUAGUGAAGAAGAAACACCUUCAGACAAUCAAGGAGACGUAGAGAAAAAUUCUCCAGAAAAUCCCAGCGGUAACAGAAAACUCUUUAAAAACUUCCGAGAAAAAGUUCGUUCUGCUUUCACAAAAGACUCCGACAAUGAAGAUAGUUCCAAUGAAAUGGAUUCUACAUUUGAUAACACAACGACAGGAAAUGUUUCCGAUCAAACGGAUGAGGAAACGUCCACAGACCAGCAUGAAUCUUCUGACAUAAAUUCCCCAGGAGGUCCAAAAGAAAAGAGAAAACCUUUCAACAAUUUGCGAAACAAAGUCCGUUCUGUUUUCGCAAAAGAUUCUGACAAUGAAGAUAGUUCCAAAGAAAUCGAUGCAACAGUUGAUGAUUCAACAACAGGCAACAUUUCUGAUCAUAAUAAUGAAGAAACGUCCUCAGACCAACAUGAACAUUCCGACAGAAAUUCGCCAGAAAAUUCGAACGAAAACAAACCUUCUAAAAGUUUCCGACACAAAAUCCGCUCUGUUUUCGCAAAAGGUUCUGACAAUGAAGAUAGUUCCAAAGAAAUCGAUUCAACAACACGCAGCAUUUCUGAUCAUAGUGAUGAAGAAACGUCCUCAGACCAACAUGAACAUUCCGACAUAAAUUCGCCAAAAAAUUCGAACGAAAACAAACCUUCCAAAAGUUUCCGACACAAAAUCCGCUCCGUUUUCGCAAAAGGUUCUGACAAUGAAGAUAGUUCCAAAGAAAUGGAUUCUGUACUUGAUGACACGCAAACGGGAAAUGUCUCUGAUCAUAGUGAUGAGGAAACACCCACAGACCAGCAGGAAAAUUCGGACAUAGAUUCCCCUAGAAGUCCGAAAGAAAAGAGAAAUCCUUUCAAAAACUUUCGAAACAAAGUCCAAUCUGUUUUCGCAAAAGAUUCUGACAAUGAAGAUAGUUCUAACGAAAUUGAUGCUACAUCCGGUGAUACAGUGGACGUUUCUGAUGGAGAAACACUCACAGACCAAGAACGGUUAGACAAAACGUCCCCAGAAAGUCCGAACGAAAAGGGAUCUUUCACAAAUUUCCGAAAUAAACUUCGUUCUGUUUUCACAAAAGAUUCUACAAAUGAAGAUAGUUCCAGUGAAAUAGAUAAUACACCAGAAGAAACGACAAGUAACGUUUCUAGUGCUAAUGAUCGAGAAACAUCCGAAAGAAAUGGCAAAUCAGAUAAAAACAAGGCAGUAGAUAACAGAGUCUUUGACCGUCAUUUUAAUGAUCCUGAUAAAUCAAUUACUUUCGAAGCAUCUAAUGAUACUCAGAACCUAAAUGCUGCUUUGCAUUCAGUGAACAGAGGUACAUUGAAAUCAAACAAGGAUAUUGUUGGUGUAACCAAAGAAAAACCAGGUAACAACACCAAAAAUUCAUCUUUUAGAACUAAGAAUGGCAAAACAGUCGAAGCUACCGAAAAUUUCCAACCAAGCAGCAAAGUAGCCUUAGUAGAUUCUACACUACCUGUUGAUCAAUAUAUGACAGAUGCAGCAGAAGUGCAGAAAUGUCCACCAAUUUAUGCCAAACCGAAUAUAAAAAGUACUAUUCUUGAACCCUCGACAGAACAGUAUCCAGAAAACGAAGAAUUCCAGAGCGAGUCAAGUUCACCUGAGAACAAGAAACGUGACAAAUACAAUAAUGAUUCUAUUGUAGAUUUGCUAGACAAAUUAGACCCUGAUCCACAGAAGGCAUCAGACGAAGAGAGUACCGACAGUAAAUCAAAUCUAAAUUCUCCUGAAACGGAAUCUGACAAAAAAUCUUCUCCUUCACGUUCUACUUCCUUUUCACGCUUUCGCACAAAACUCUCUUCGAUGUUCUCUUUCAAAUCUGAUAAAAAGAAAAAUGAUGCAAAGGAAAAGGAGGAAGCUUCAGAUGUCCGCAAUGGAGAUGAGAAUGAUGGUGAUGGAACUGCUGAUCGUAAAGAUGGAGAUGAUAGUAGUAGCAUUCUCGAUAAAUCUGAACCUUCUGAUGGAGAUGAUACAACGAUCAGAAGAGAUGUUCUGAAACCAGUAAAAAAUAUUUCAACUCAUUCUCCAAAUAUUAAUAGUAAGAAAAAGAUAGAAAGGCGACAAAGCGACAAAACUCUCAGUGAGGACUCAGAAGAAGAGUUAUCUAAAGAAGAAAGAUCUCAUGAUCGUGAAGACAUAAUUACGGGGGAAAGUGACGAUAAUGAAUAUAAUCCUUUUGACAAGUUCUACAAUACGAACAAAGGAAAACAUCUGACAGGAUUAGCGCCGACAAACAGCAAUGUUAAUGAUUUAAGUAGUGAUGGCAUCCAAGGAAUAGAUGAAGACAAAUACUACUCCGACGGGAAGAAGACAUCAAAUUUGAAUUCGACAUCUUCUUCUCCAUCCACCUUUUACAAAACUCCACCACCAUACAUUCCAUCAAAAAAUAUUCAAGAAGACAGUACAAUUUAUCAGAAACCAAAUAACUAUAAUGAAAGUGAAGAUAAUGACUCAUUGUUCGAAAGCAGCAGUCUCUACACAAGUUCACAAUUAUCUGAAUCAGAGUUCCCACCAGAGCAGAAGGAUAAUGCAGAAAGCACUACUCCCCCAAUGUCAAGUGAAGCUGACAACAAAGAGAAUGCGGUAAAAAAAACUGUCCCAUGGUAUAACAAAUUUAGGGCUUUGUUCAGUCUUAAAAAGCCAGAGAAAACUCCCGUUAAAGAUACCACCACAGAUGAUGGUGAAUUUUCGCGAGCUGAGUCUUAUCAUCCAAAGAUGCUUGAUACUGAUGGAGUUGAUCUGGAUACAGUUUCUAAUUCUCCAAACUGGUCAGAUAUUAUCGACGAUGACGUCGUGUCGGAAGAUGUACAAAGGAAACUGGCAGCUCAAAACUCGAAACUAAUUUUUAAUAAUGAUGGUGAUUCGUUCGUUCAGACUAAGCCUAAAUUAAAUUCGACAGAAAAUAUAAGUAGGUCGACAUCAUUUCCUGACACUGAAGAUCAGAGAACCUCAAGUAAGCUCCCAACAAAAGGUCAGUCUCUCGAUCAAGAUAAUACAUUACAAGAAGGAAAUUCUUUGAAACGCUGGCCACAUUUAGGUGAGAUCACGAACGUUGCUGAUAAUCCAAUGUUUCAGCAAGAAUAUCCGCUCAGCAGUGAACGGUCGACUUCUAAUGAAUAUCUAAGUGAUGAUUCACUAGAAACUGAACAAAAGGUACAAACUAAUAUUGACAGAAAUCCUUUAACUCAAUCAAGGACACUCAAUGCUGAAACUUUCCUUGACUCAACAAAUUCUCCCAAAACAGUCGUUGCAUCAAAAAAAUCUUCAAAAGUCCCGAUAAGAGUUAAAAAAGCAAGUUUUUCAGGUAAUAAAAGACCAGUUCUUUCGCCGUCGCAAUCACGUUUGUUCGAUUAUCCCAACAAUGAAGAUACAAUAAAGGAUUCAUCAAAAGGUACACAUUUGAGGAAAGAUGGCAAUGACCGCACAUCAACUGUAUCGGGGAAUGAAUCGAAUAUUAUGAUCAAAAAACGGGCGAAGGAACCGAUUACCUUAGAGACAAGCAAUGCUCACUUAGUAAGACGUAGUGGCAGGUCGCCGACAGAAACAAAGGAUAGACGUGAUGUUAAAAAACAAGUGGAAUCUAAAUAUAAGCCGAUCGGUGAUCAAGCUGCUGACGGUCGUCGUGUUUUACCGAAAGGAGGUAAAAAAACAAAGACAACUUCAUACGCAGAUUCAUUGGACGAGAACUUGUUAACCGAGAUAUUUAGUUUUCUAGAUCAGAAAACUUUAAUAUUCACUUUACCUUUGGUUUGUAAGAAAUGGAAAAGAGCGAGUUGCCAUCCUUCGCUAUGGCAAUUAGUUGCUUUUUCCCAUGGUCGCAUGACAACGAACUUUCUGGAAAAAUUCUCCCAGAGAUUUACGAACCUGAGGGAACUUUGUUUUGAUAAUAUACAAGGACGGCCAAAACGCCGGGGAGAAAGUGAGAAAUUUUACCAAAAAGAGAUACAAGGCAGCUUGGAGCAAGGUCUGGAAACUGUCUUAAUAAGUGCUGAAGGAAGUCUCCAAAAACUUACAAUCACAAACUGUGGACCUGUAUUUACAGAAAGGAGCUUGUGGCUUGUUUCUUGUUAUGCUCGCCUAUUGGAGGAGUUUACAUAUCACAGUGCCCUGCAUCCACCAACAGCUGAAGUACUCUGGGCCCUUGCCAGUGGAUGUCGAGAUAUCACAAAGCUUGACCUUAGUCCAAUCAACCCAAGGUCUCCACAGCAAGAAAGGUUCAAUAACAAGUGUGCCAAUUUGAUAGCCAAGGGAUACCCAAGUCUUAAGUCAAUCAGUAUAGGAGGAUGUGGUAUUGACAACCAAGGACUCUUAUUAAUUGCUCAACAAUGUCAAGAUUUGGAAGAGUUGGAGCUUAAUCAGUUUAUGGCAGACUUUAAUGAAAGUUCUGCUAAAAAAUUAUGCAAACGUGGAUUGCAUAACUUAGAAAGCUUAAAAUUCACACAUACCCCAGUUCAAAGUGAAACCAUUCAAGUUUUUAUGAAGAACUGCCCCAACUUGAAGAACAUUAAUGUUCAGGUAAAGAUGCAAGACUAUUUCAGUGAUAGUGAAAACAGCAAGUUUAAACAGCAAUACAGAUUUAUCCUCAUAAAAUUAAAACUACAGGGUCAACAAGCUAGUCCAAAGACUAUUUUUUCACUGACGACAGAGUUUGAAAGCUUACCCCAAGUUGGAUAAAAUUCUUGAAUUAGAUAUUCGAGACAACAAAUGAAAUACUCCGGAAUAAGAAGGAAUGACAUUUUGAUGAAGAUGGAGGCAUUUACAGUGAUGAUUAAAUGAAAAUAAACUGAAGUGAAACUGUUAUGACAACAAUGAUGAGGAUGAUAGUGGUGAUGAUGAUGACAAUGAUGAUGAUAAACUGUAUGAUAAAUUUGUUUGCAUCUGAUGACUCACUCACUGAAUAAUUUGAUUAGUCAGUUUGAAAUUGAUGAUUCACUCUGUUGCUACUCAGAGUUUCUGGCCAUCAGAAAUCAAUGAAGAACCACACGUAGCAACACAACUCUUAAGUAAUGACAGAUAGAAAUAUCAGCUUUGAAUAAAUAAAUAAUUUUGCUACAUGCAUUGAA